AACUCUCGCCGCCCGGUGGAGUUCUUGGCAUUUCUGGCGCGCCUAUAAAUUUCUCACCUGUCCCCAUCGGAGGCGACAGUUUUGUUUACGAUCCGGUCGGACUCGGUUCGUUUUGUCCACCGUUCAUUAGCGUCGUCGUCGUCCCACCAUUUCAACACAUUGGGGAACUUUGAGAGUGUGGCUUUUUUGUGCAAAAGAAAUCAGUAGCAUUGGGCGACGACUGCAGUGGGGAGCCUCCCUUAGUCGUCUUGCUCGAGCAGCGGUCAGUUGCAGUGGGCCAUCCCAGCAGGCCGGUUUAUUGUUCUUGGGAAGGAUAACGAUCGAAAAGUAGCGGGCAAAGCAAUCUGUGUUAAGUGAUUGGAAACCGUUACGAAGUGUUGUUGUUGCUGCUGUUGGGGUGUCUGUUUUUAUACAAAGUAUAGAGGGGCCACGAGGCUGCCCUGAGCCGCGAAGACGCAAAUUAGCGAUACCGGUGUUGACUUUCUGGAAUAAAUUGAAAAGAUGACGACGCUGAAGAUUUUGGCUUUGACCCUCAUGGCAACACUGGUCAGCGGUGCCAGCGUUACCACCGAAAGUACGUACUCCAGCUACCGAUUACCAACGGCCUUCCGUCCGGAACACUACGGUCUGCAGGUGAUGACCCACCUGGGAGACGAAAAAGGUUUCGUAUUUUCCGGAAAAGUACUGAUUCGGAUGCUCUGCAAUGAAGACGCCACGAACAUCACCCUUCACUCGAAGAACUUGACCAUCGGUGAGAAGAACAUCAAACUGACCGAAGUUUCCGACAGCGGAUCCAACAGCAUGGAGAUCAAACGGGUGCAGUACAUUACCGACAAUGACUACGUUGUGUUCCAUACGAGCAAUUCGAUGAAAAAAGGCUAUCGCUACGACAUCACCAUUCCCUUCGAGGGCAUCCUCGGAACGGGUCUUCUAGGGUACUACCGCAGUAGCUAUAUUGACCAAAAAUCACAGAAGAAGAUCUGGCUGUCGGUAACUCAGUUUGAGCCGACCUACGCCCGUCAAGCCUUCCCCUGUUUCGACGAACCGGAGAUGAAGGCCACGUUCGACAUUUCACUAGCCCAUCACAAGCAGUACGUUGCUCUGAGUAACAUGCCCAUCAACCGUACCAAACCGAUGACGGCCAUCACCGACUGGGUCGUGGAUUAUUUCGACACAACCGUCCCGAUGUCCACCUAUCUGGUUGCCUAUACCGUGAACGACUUCGAAUACCGUGAAUCCAUGACCAAGAUGGAUGGCGAUGUCGUGUUCAAGAUCUGGGCCCGCCGAGAUGCAAUCGAUCAGGUGAACUACGCUCGGGACGUUGGACCGCGGGUGACUCGCUUCUACGAAGAAUACUUCGACGAGAAGUUCCCUCUGCCCAAGAUCGACAUGAUUGCUAUUCCGGAUUUCUCGGCCGGCGCUAUGGAGAAUUGGGGCUUGAUCACAUACCGGGAAACCGCUCUUCUCUAUCAUCCGAACAUCUCGACCGCCAGCAACAAACAUCGUGUGGCGUCGGUUAUUGCCCAUGAGCUCGCUCAUCAGUGGUUCGGCAACUUGGUUACCAUGAAGUGGUGGACCGAUCUGUGGCUGAACGAAGGCUUUGCCACCUACGUUGCCAGCUUGGGCGUUGAAUAUCUGCAUCCGGAGUGGCACUCCCUGGAGGAGGAAUCCGUCGACAACACGCUCGGAAUCUUCAAGUUCGAUGCUUUGACCAGCAGCCAUCCGGUUUCGGUCGAGAUCGGACACCCCAAUCAGAUUUCGCAGAUAUUCGAUGCCAUCUCCUACGAGAAGGGAUCAAUUGUUAUUCGCAUGAUGCAUCUGUUCCUCGGCGAACAAACCUUCCGCAACGGAGUGCGUCUCUAUCUGAAACGUCACAAGUACGCCAACGCUGAGCAAAGCGAUCUGUGGGCGGCCCUAACCGAAGAGGCUCAUAAAAACAAGGCUCUCCCUGACGAUGUGGACGUCAAAACCGUUAUGGAGUCGUGGACUCUACAAACGGGCUACCCAGUGAUCACAGUUACUCGUGAUUACGAAGCUUCCACUGCGGAAAUCUCACAAAUUCGCUUCCUGUCGGAUCGUGAGCAGCAAGCAAAUGCCACCGACUACUGCUGGUGGGUCCCGCUAACAUACGUAACCUCAGAAAAUCCGAACUUUGAGGACACCCACGCCAAGGACUGGUUGACGUGCGGUUCCGAAAAACUGCGCAAGGGACCUACCAAGCAGCUGCAGAAAAUGCCUCCAGCGGAUCAGUGGGUUCUGUUCAACGUGCAGCUAGCUGGACUGUACAAGGUUCGAUAUGACAAAACCAACUACAAGCUACUCGUUAAGCAGUUGAACAGCGAACAAUUCUCCACAAUCGGUUUGACGAACCGUGCUCAGCUCAUCGAUGACGCCAUGGACCUUGCUUGGACCGGAGAACAACAAUACGGAAUUGCCUUCGCCAUGAUUAACUACCUUCGACAAGAGGUGGAGUACAUUCCCUGGAAAUCGGCUCUGUCGAACCUCAACUCGAUCAACCGUCUGCUCAAACGCACGCCCAUCUACGGAGUGUUCCGAAGCUACAUCCAGUUUAUCGUUGAACCCAUUUAUGAAAAAUUGGAGAUCUUCAGCGAAGAUCGAACUCUCAGUCAACGGCUGGACGCCACCAAACAGUUAGUUCAAAUUGCUGCCUGGGCUUGCAAGUUUGACGUUUCGGAUUGUGUCCAGCGAUCGGUGGCCCUGUUUGCCAAGUGGAUGGCUGUCCAAGACCCCGAAGUUAGCAACCCCGUCCCACGGGAUCUCCGCUCGGUGGUGUACUGCAAUGCUAUGCGCAACGGAAAGGAACCGGAGUGGAACUUCCUGUGGCAGCGGUACCUGAAGAGCAACGUUGGUUCGGAAAAGGUCAUGAUCAUCGGUGCGCUGGCCUGUACCCGCGAAGUUUGGUUGGUGGAACGCUUCCUGCUGUGGUCUCUGAAUAGUACUUCCGGUGUGCGCAAGCAGGACACGACGAUUGUGUUUGGCGGAGUUGCCAAGAACGACGUUGGUUUCCACCUGGCCAAGAACUUCUUCGUGGAGAACAUUCAGGAAAUCUACGACUAUCUCUCCCCGGACACCUCCCGUGUAUCUCGCUACAUCAAGCCGCUGGCCGAGCAGAUGUCCACUGUGAACGAACUCCAGGAACUGAAGGACCUGAUCGAGAGCAAGCGGUCCGUUUUCGAGAAGGCCACCCAAGGCGUCAAACAGGCGUUGGAAACCGUCGAAAUUAACCUGCAGUGGAAGUCGUACGGAUACACGCAGAUGGCGCGGUACCUGCCGCUGUUGGAUUACCGUUCCGGCAAUAUAGACGUAAUGGAGCUGCUGGAGGAUUAGGGAGGGAGCGCUUUGAUUGCUGAUCGUCCAGUGUUUGUUUUUAGUCUCAAAUUUGAUACCGUUCUCGUUGUUUUAGGUCUCGCACAGAAGCGAUUUCGCUUAUUUUGUUGUACUUCUAGCCAUUAGGAACAAUGGAAAAUAAAUUUUGACAAGGAA